AAGCACGCCACACGGAAAAGCGUCCUCGACCUUUGAUGUAGCCUGUCAUCCCCCUUAUCAUGUUGUUUUCAAAUUAUUUAAGAGCAGUUUAACAGUGUAAGCUUGUAGAACAAACAAAAAAACAGCCGAAAUGCUUCGAUUUUCCUUCAUAUUUCGUGGCAGAGGAGUCGCUAAAAGGUUCGUUUCCUCGUUCUCUAAUGAGAGCGCUCUGCCUCCAAACUUACUGCUGCCCACCAACCUCGUGGAUCCUGACAGAUUAAAGCGUCCACCACCUCCUGCAGACUCCUCUCUGCCUCUUCUGAGGAAGUGUGAUGCUGCAGUUCCUGCUCACUUGACCCCUGUGCAGACCUGGGUGGAGUCUAUGGAGAGACAGGACAGCGAGCCGUUGGGUGUGGCUCAACUUCACCCUGAUGUGUUUGCAGUUCCUCCGAGGCUUGAUAUUCUACACAGUGUUGAAACAUGGCAGAGAAAUUACAAAAGGAUUAGUCACGCCCACACCAAAGUCAGGUCAGAGGUCAGCGGUGGAGGCAGGAAACCCUGGAAACAGAAAGGAAGUGGACGAGCUCGGCAUGGAAGCAUCCGAUCACCCAUAUGGAGAGGAGGUGGGGUGGCUCAUGGACCCAGAGGUCCCACCAGUUACUACUACAUGUUACCCAUGAAAGUCCGAGUGCAAGGACUCAAAGUGGCGCUGAGCUCCAAGAUGGCUCAGGAUGAUCUUCACAUUGUGGACUCCCUGAACAUCCCCACACCAGACUCUCAGUACCUGCUUGACCUCAUCAGACACAGACACUGGGGAGAGUCUGUGUUAAUAGUGGAUGUAGGUGAAGACUUUUCUGAAAACAUCCUUCAGGCCACGGCAAACUUGAAGACAGUGAACAUCAUUCCAGCAAUCGGUCUGAAUGUCCACAGCAUGCUGAAACAUGAAGCCAUCGUCCUCACUUUGGAAACUGUUAAGUUUCUGGAGGAUAAGCUGCUCUGGCACGAUGAGCGUUACACACCUCUCUACCCGUUUAAACUACCCUACUCUGACUUUCCUUAAAACAGAUUGCCUGUAAUGUAUUAACAUAAGUCACAUUAUCUUUGUUUUUAUUGUUUGUAACAAGAGAGUCAUAACUCGAAUAAUAAAAAAUACAAAAGUU